AUGUCCUCCAACGAUACCCCCUCCCACCCAACAACCCAACAGCACCAACGCGAACCCAGAACAGGCACCAUAUCAACCACCCAAACAAUCAUCACAACCUCAACCUCCCCCCCACAAGCCAUCCUCCGCCUCCGUGGUGCCCACGCCCCCAGUUCACGAACGGUGCAAUGGUCAGAAGACGUCAUAGACAAUGAAGGUCUGAACCGCAAGAAGUCAAAAGUAUGCUGCAUCUACCACCGCCCCAAAGGCGUCGACGAAUCCUCCUCCGAAUCCUCCUCCUCUGACUCUUCCGACUCCGACUCGGAUUCCGAUGGUGGAAAGGGUGACCUCGACCGACAAGGGAAAUCAGAUGGUGGGAGAAGACGUGUUCACAAUCACAACGACGACGACAAGUGCAACGGACAUCAUCAUCAUCAUCACAGCAGGGGAAGGAAAAAGAACGGGGACGAGGGGGGGAGUAAAAGAAGAAAGAGAAAGCCGAGCCCGAAUGCGUAUGAGAAGAUGCCUGAUUAUGGGAUUAAACCGCCUGGAAAGGGGAAGGAUAAGGACACUUCUGGAGAUGGGGGGCCGAUGAAGGCUUAG